AUGUCAUCUAGUAGAUUAAUAGAACCUGUUUUUGUGGACAGGUUUUGGGGAGUUAACCCUUCUAGGGUACAAAAAUAUGAGGCUAGGAUUGGAAAUGAUGGAUAUGUUGUGGAACUUACCAACAACACAUGUGGAUGUAGAUCUUGGAAAGUAUCAGGUAUCCCAUGUGUGCAUGCAAUGACAACCAUUUCAUACCUCAACAAGAAUGCAGAAGAUUAUGUUGCACCAUGGUUCCAUACAGCCAUGUUCUUGACUUGUUACAACCAUACCAUUAGUCCACUUAAUGGUAGUUCCAUGUGGCCUGAAGCUCCCUACAUGAAGCCGUUGCCUCCUCAAAAAAGAAGGUUACCAAGAAGGCCAACCCUUAAAAGGAAAAAGGAUCAAUCAGAGAGGGACAACAAGGGGAAAACAAAGCAUACUAUCUCAAAAGUAGGUGCAGUUAAUAGAUGUGCUAUUUGUAAAGAAAGGGGCCACAAUAGAUCAAUAUGUCCUACAAGACCAGAAGAUGUAGCAUCCACUUCAAGGCCAAAAAAUAAGAAUGGUAAAGUGGAACCAGUUCAAGUAUAUCCAGUAGAUGAUCCAGCUCCACAUGUUGAACCAGUUCAAGUAGAUGAUCCUGUUAAUGAUGAUCCAGCUCCACAUGUUUAA